AUGGGCUACUUGCCGUGGAUGUUUAAUUUGCCCACGGCCGCCAGUCAUACUGCAGCCAUUGCGCAGCUGAAGGACCCCCAGGGCUUCUCCGCCAGUUACGGGCCCACGACGGCUGAGCGCCGCAGCAAAUGGUAUCUACACGAAGCCGCUACGUGCUGCCGGUGGGACGGUCCUUCGUGGCCCUUUGCCACCUCGCAGACGCUGACGGCGGUGGAGAACCUGCUGAACGACUAUCCCGCGCAGACGUACUUUUCUGCGGCAGACUACAUCAACUUGUUAAGAGGGUACGCUGCGACCCAAUACAAGAAUGGCCAGCCCUAUGUGGCCGAAGCGCAUGAUCCUGAUGCAGAUGCCUGGAUGUCUGACUAUGACAGGUCCAACCACAGUGAGGACUACAAUCAUUCUACCUUUGUGGACAACAUCAUUGCCGGCCUCAUCGGUCUGCGUGUUCAGCGCGACGAAAGCUUGGUGGUUAACCCGUUGGCGCCUCCCUCAUGGGACCAUUUCGCGCUAGAGAACGCUGCCUACCACGGCCAUAGCGUGACAGUUCUAUGGGAUAGCACCGGGUCUCACUAUGGUCAGGGCCAAGGCCUGCGGGUCUAUGUCGACGGCACCCUCGCCGGCAGCCGUAGCACUUUGGGGUCUCUGACAGUCAACGUCGGUCCCGUUGUGCUGGCCCAGACCAUCCGGUCACAAGUCAACAUCGCCGCAAAUGGCCAAAGGCUCCCCCAGGGCACCACGCCCUCUGCCUCCUACACCUCUCCUUACGACGAUGUCUGGCGAGCGAUCGACGGCAUUGUCUGGCGCACCGGAAUCCCUCCCAAUGCGCGAGACUACUUCGCCAUAGACCUCCGGCGACCUCAAGCCGUCUCGGACGUUAGGUUAUACUUUUACGACGACGGCGGCGGCGUUCGGCGGCCGGCCAGCUACGACCUCCAGUAUUGGACCGGCAACGCCUGGCUCACGGUGCCCAACCAGCAACGCAGCGGGUCCGCCACUGCUACCUCCAAUAGCCAGACCAAGAUUACCUUUCCGACCAUCGUCACCUCGCAACUGCGGGUGGUCGCGCCCAACAACCCAGGCGACGGCAACGGCUGGGGGCUGUCCGAGUUUGAAGUCUGGACACGGGCCGUAUUCCAGCUGCGCAACGAGAACAGCGGCAAGCUCAUGGGGUACGACGACAACGGCACGCGCGACCACCUGUGGCAGUUUGUGCGCGCCCCGGGCGGCUGGUUUAAGAUCAGGAACCUCAACAGUAGUCUCUUGCUGGGCGUGCAGGGCGCGUCGACCGCUAAUAGCCCCGUGCUUCAGCAAUAUGAGGACAACGGCACCAGCGACCAUCUCUGGCGAGUCAUCUCCUCCCAAGGGAAUAAUGGCCUUUUUUUUGCUAAAGAAUGAGAAAACCUCAGCACACUCCAAAACCAACCUACGCGCACCCUAAGUCCCAGCUCUAUACGAUGGUUUUUCAGCCAUUCUUCGGCCCUAUAUUCCAAAAGUAGUUUUCACCGUACGUUUAGCUCAAACCUCAUCUUUUAAGACUAAAACAUCUUUUUUAGCUUAUUUGGUGGAUGUGUUGUGGCCGUAUUGUUGUCCUAAUUGCAAACGCUGGCGCUACAAAUACAACUACAGGAUUAACGGCCACCGAAGAGUAGAAAUAAGAAAAAAAAAACGUAAGUUGAAUACCCGUUGGGGAGAGUGGAAUAAUUCCUGUCUAUUCCCCAACUCUACUAGGCAGAGUUGGUCACAAAACUACCGGACAUCACAAAACCACAACGGAUAGCAAAAAUCAGGCAUUUUCUAUAGCGAUUUUCUAUAGCAUUUAAUUACACAACAAUCAAUAAUCCAAACAUAAC